UUAACUUUGAUCAACAAAAUUUCAAUGGAGUAGAACAGCUCGCUUUCCAACACUUGUCAUCUCAGCGUCAAAAGUUCUGCUGUAAAUUUCGGCAAUUGUGCGGCGUCGUAGGGCAGAUAUUAAAAACAACAAACAAUGAUGGACACCUUGGACUACAUAACGCUCAGCAAUCCAGUGAGCAAGGCGGUCAUAUCUUCCGGAUCGGCUAUCUUCCGCGCAAUUGGGCUGCGACCGAAACAGUUGGUGCCAAAGGAGACGCAGACCAUGCGCCCGGUGAUGAAUCAGUUUCCGACUGGCUCGCUGCAUGGAUUGGCCGGCAGCCAUUACCACUUUGUUCGCUUGGCCGGCUUGGGCGGCGCCUCGGCCAUCUUCAUGGGCGCCUACUGCAAGUACGUUUUGCGGGACAUCAAGGACCCCAAGGAGCAGCAGGACUCGCAGGCCUUUGCUGAUGUCGCCAAUCGCAUACACUUUUUGCACUCGUUUGCCAUGAUGGCCAUGCCUCUCGUGCACUACCCCUUAUUGACUGGCUCACUGAUGACCACUGGCACACUGCUCUUCAGCGGCUGCAUGUACUAUCGUGCAUUGACGGGCGAGAAGCGUUUCCAGGCCUAUGCCACUGUGGGUGGCUUCUGUCUGAUGGCCGCUUGGCUGACGCUUAUCAUGUAGGAGACUGGCUGCUCGCAUCUAUUUGUAUGGGGCUAAGCUUAAUUUGUAAGCUAUAGGCAACGUAAAAUCUAAAGCUAAAGCUAAAGCCUGCUGCAGAAUGAAUUCUUUUUCGCUGAAGUUCUAUAAUUAAUAUAUUUAUAUAUAUAUAUAUACUACCAUAUAGGAUUACACAAAUAAAUCUCUAGGAGGCCUUGCAUCUAAUGGAAGAUA